AUGUUACCACAUCUGAAGAAGACAAAGAGGACCGGCAUUUAUAUUGGAUUCCUCCCUGAGCCUAUUCCAGGUGUCUUUGAGCGUGUUGUCCUCCCGGGAGCCAGCCACUUGCUUCUCGCUGCAGCAUCGCAUCUGCGGCUCGCAGAGGGCACUGGACAGAGCUUUGCAGCUGUGGAGCUCUCUGAUGCCAUCUUUCAAGUGCCAUUUGUGGUCUCCGACGAGGGCGGGAUGCGUGUCCGAUGCGUGGCUUCGUCCGACAGCACCGAAGUUGCCAGUGUCCAAGUGGAGGAUGGUAUUCCCACCGAAGCAACUGUACACGCACGCUUUGGAUCUGCCCACCUUGUUCCUUUCCUCGAGCGCAAGCCAGACAAGCUGGAAACCUGGCGCAAGCUGGUUGAGGCGGACCAGCAACCAGAGCAAGACGUCAACCAGCUUUACGCAUCGUUUUCCGAGCGAGGCUUGAGCUAUGGCACAUCCUUUCAGACUCUGAGCAGCACGGCUUGCUUCUCAGAUCUCGGUGCGCUGGCUCGCUUGCAGGAUCCGUGCAAGGCUGCUUGUGCAGCAUGGGAGAAGUCCUUGCAGCUGCUGCACCCCGCACAGCUCGACGGCGCUCUGCAGUUACUUGUGGAGUUGGCGGCCAGACAGGGCCAGGAGAAGGCGACUUACCUCCCCUUUGCUGUGCGGCGGACGACCAUUGCUGCCCAAUGCCCACCAGGGGAGUUGUGGGCGGCGGUCCGCGUUCAGGAGCCUUCAUCUCAUGCCGUCGUACGCCGAUACGAGCGCUCCGAGGCAUCCCUGGUCGCGGAUGUGGAGAUCUUCAACUCUGAGGGCCAGUUGGCCGCGUACCUGGAGGGUGCCAGCUGCAGGCGAGCGGAUCCAUCUGCCACCCAGGAGCGGGAUGGCUCGGACGAUUCCCUGUAUGACAUCGAGUGGAAGGACGCUGCACUUGUGGGCAACGCCGAGGACGCAACGAAGAAGGCUCUUCAAUCUCCGGCCGUGGUGGUCUGCCCAGCAGGCAAGGCGCGUGGUGAGAAGCUGAUCAAGAUGGUCGGAUUGCCCGAUGCUAGCAUGGUUCUCAGCUCUCACGUUGCAUCGCUGCUUCGUCGUUACUUGGGAGCCUCAGGCGUAGUAACCGCCGUGGAUGAUGCGGUCUCCGCAAUCAAGGCUGGAGAUGCUGCGACUGUGGUGCUGGAUGGCUCCGGUGAUCAGCUGGAUUCACUGGACGCCGCCCUGCGCCUUCUUCAAGCUGCUGUGGCAGCUUCGCAGCCUCCCCAUGUUCUGCUUGUCACAGGUGGAGCGCAACCACCUGAGAUGACCGAUGCCAAGCGGCACGAUCCCGACCACGCAGGUCUCUGGGGUUUGGCGAGGUCUGCCCGCAUGGAGACAGACGUGCGGGUGACGUGCGUGGACCUCAAUGGCAAGGACUGGGACAAGCAAACGGGCAGCGGCAACACUGACGACACCGCGGCUUUCUGGGCCUCCGUCGAGGGGGACCUGGCGCAGCGCUCUGCUGUGCUGGCAGCCCGGCUGGCACGGAGCUCCCUGAAAGCGCAAAGGCCACUGAGGCUCCACAUGCCGCGCCGCGGCAGCUUGACGAAUCUGCGCCCAGUGCCCCAGACGAAGAGGCCCGUGGUGAACGAUGGAGAGGUUGAAGUGCGUGUGGAAGCUAUUGGCUUGAACUUCAGAGAUGUUCUCAACGUGGCCAAGUUGCAUUCGAUGCUUCAUGUCAUGGGCAUGUACCCCGGGGACCCGGGUGACCCAGGCCUGGAUUGCAGUGGAACUGUCAGGAGCCUAAGCAUUGCCCAGUUGCGCGUUGGGUCCCGUGAUGCAUCCAUGGCUGAUCACGGCUGCAUGGCUGCACCAAAGGUGGUGAACCUGAAUAUCAACGACAAGAAAGGUGGCGGACUGCGCUGUGGAGACGACGCGUUUGGGAUCGUCUGGGGCUGUCUCAAGACAUACGUGUUGUCCCCGGCGAAGACCCCCUGGCAGCUGCUGGUGCCACGACCGGGUGCUUGGUCACCCGCAGCGGCCGCCGCGCUGCCAACGGUGUACACCACGGUGGAUGUGGCCUUUGCGGAGUUGGCCAAGCUGAAGAAAGGGGAAAAGGUGCUCGUUCAUGCUGCCACCGGUGGCGUGGGACUGGUUGCCGUGCAGUAUGCCCAGCGCCUUGGAGCCGAGGUCUAUGCAACGGCCGGUCGGGAUGAGAAGCGCCAGUUCUUGCGAGAUCUGGGCGUCAAGUUCAUCACGUCAUCGAGAAACGGCAGAGAAGAGUUUGAGACAGAGAUGAAGGGCUUCCUCAAGGGCUCCGAUGGGAUCCAUGUGGUGCUCAACUCACUCAGCCAUGACAACUUCAUUGGCCGAAGCCUGGGCCUCUUGGCGAAGGGCGGCCGUUUCGUGGAGAUCGGCAAGCGUGAUGUUUGGAGCGUGGAGGAGGUGAAGAAGUUCCGGGCGGACGUGAAGUAUCACCUUCUUGCCAUCGACGGGGUGUGUGAGAAUGAACCUGACCGCUACCAGGGCUUGCUCAAAAGACUCGAGAAAGAUCUGCGAGGUGGGAGGGGAAGGGCGAAGGGAGGGAAAGUGGGGCUCUCUCAGUGUCCUUGCUCGGCAGGCUCCUGGAAGCCCCUUCCGGCCCAUGAGUUCGAAGGCCUGGAGAAGGGAGUGGAAUCCCUACAGUUUCUGCAGCGGGCCCAGCACAUUGGCAAAGUGGUGCUGAAAGUGCCGCCGCGGAUGAAGCUGUCCCCCGAAGCCAGCUACGUGCUCUCGGGUGGCAUGGGUGCCCUGGGCCUGAUCACAGCCCAAGCGCUUGCAGAGGAGGGUGCCAAGAGCUUGCUGCUGCUUUCUCGCAGUGGUCGCCCGGGAUCUGAAGUUGAGCAGCAGUGGAAGUGGCUGCAGCAGUCCAGCCUCCAAGCGUGCGCGUUGGCGUGCGACGUUGCUUCCGCAGCGGGCGCAGCCGAACUCAAGAAGAGGUUCAAUUCUGCGGAGCCAACUGGCAAGGGGAAGAAGCCUGUGCGGGGCCUGCUCCAUCUAGCAGGGGUGCUAGGCUUAGUUGCAUUCCAGGCCACACCGCAUGCUUCAUUGUGCUGUGUUUGUGUUUGCACGCUGAUGCAAAUAUUUAAACUUGUCUCAGAUGGUCCUACAGAGUCAUACGUUAUGGCCGCUGCGUAUGCUGAGGUGUUGGAUGAUGCCAUGUUGCCCCAGCUGUCUCGUCAAAACCUCGAGCGGGCCUAUGGCGCCAAGGUCGUGGGAGCAAAGCACCUGCACAGCGCAGCUGAUGGCCUCCCGCUGGACUUCUUUGUGCUGUACUCUUCCACUGCAGCCCUAUUGGGUGCAGCAGGCCUGGAUGCCUUGGCACACCACUGGCGACUCAGCGGAGUGCCGGCCGGCAGCGUACAAUGGGGUCCUUGGUUGGAGGCCCAGAACAACUCCUUCUCCAGGUUGAAAAUCAAUGGCAUCAGCAAUGAGCCAUGGGCUCACACUUUGAACAUGUCAGAGUAUGUGAGAGUCUGUUGGAUUCUGCAACAGCCAUGGUUGUCGCACAGGUCCACGGCGCUGACCACGCCCCUGGCCGGCGGACGCCUGGGCUGCGCUCUGGUUCAGUGGGCUGGCUUCCUGAAGCAGCCCUCAGCUCGGUUCGGAAAAGAUGAAAAGCCAGGACUGAGGGGGGAAGCGGGGCAGGGGUGGAGCUGUCGCGCCCCACGGCAGAAGCAGGACUUUCAGGGCUCGUCCGCGGUCCAGCGUGCCUCUGCCGACGCGCAGCAGGUGGCAGUUCUGAGCCCCGAAGCCGUCGGUGGAUGGAUCAGUGCUGUGGUGGCAACUUUUGAAACUUGCGCAAGUCUUUGGGGCAUGUGGGAGCACGUGGGUAUCGGAGCGCGGGACCUUGUGUCGGUCGAUGCGCUUCAGGACUCCUUGUCUUCCGUGGAAUUCCGCAACCGUCUCACAGCUGAAGCCGGGGCGGGCAUCAAGAACACGCUCAUGUUCGACCACCCCACGCUGCGUGCCAUCGCCGAUCUGGUGCAGUCCCAGAUUCAGCCCGAAUCGCCAGCUGUCUCGGCUACUCCCGAAGCCAAAGCCAUCGUGCGAUCAGGAAGUUACACGGUGGCCGUCAAGGGGCUCUCGGCCUUCUUUCCAGGGGGCCCCGAGGGUUUGGAAUCCUGCUGGGCCCGUUGGCUCCAGCGCCAGGAGAUUCCGUUCUCACGCUUUGAUCUCCAAGAAGUUUUUGAUCAAGACAUGGAGGCACUGGGGAACGUGAUGUACGCCCGCCAUGGUGGCUUUGUGGAGGGCGCGGAGUUCUUCGAUCCGGGCUUCUUUGGCAUGUCCGCAGCAGAGGCCAAGACAAUCGAUCCACAGCAGAGACUGGCCCUGGAGAUGUCCUAUGCAGCCUGCCACCAUGCGGGCCGUGCAAAGCAAUCCCUUUUGGGAUCCGACACCGGUGUCUUCGUAGGACAGUGCAACAACGAUUGGGCCAAGUUCUCCAGGGAGCGUGCAGCGAAUCCCUACACAGGUCCCGGUACGCAUGCAUCCAUCUCUUCGAACCGAAUUUCUUACAGCCUCGGGCUGAGGGGUGCCAGUGCAUCUGUUGACACGGCCUGCUCCUCAUCUCUGGUUGCUCUCGACAUUGCCUGCCAAAAGCUGGGCCUGGGCAUGCUGGCGGCCUUGAUGACGGGCGUGCAGCUGAACUUGAUAUCCGAGCCCUUUGUGGCCUUCUCAAAAGCCCGCAUGCUGGCGCCAGAUGGUCGCUGCAAGACCUUCGAUGCGUCCGCCAAUGGCUACGUGCGAGGAGAGGGCUGUGGCUCGGCUUUGCUGCAGAUUGCGGGCGCAGAGGACUCGGCUUCCUUGCCUGCCAUAGCCUCAACGUCGACGAACCAGGAUGGGCGAAGCUCCACUCUGACAGCUCCCAAUGGUCCGGCGCAGCAGGAUGCCAUCCGCAAGGCUUUGUCAGCGGCAGAGCUGCUUGGAUCACAGAUCAACUUGGUCGAGUGCCAUGGUACGGGCACUGCUCUUGGCGAUCCCAUCGAGACUGGCGCGUUGAAGGCUGUAUUGGCCCAGGGGCGUUCGAUGCCUGUGCAGCUAGCCACGGUGAAGACCAACAUCGGAUUCUCGGACCAUGUGAAUGUUGCCCUGCUGAAGCUCCAAUCCCGUCUAACUCUGAGCCCUCGAAGUGGCACGGUUCCUCCCAAUGUCCACUUUGCCAAGUUGAACCCCACGAUCGACCUCGAGGAUUUCGCCGCUGAGAUUCCAACGGUUGCGCAGCCUCUGCAGGGAGAGAAGCUUACAUCAGGCACCAAUGCCCACGUGAUCAUGAAGCACACGCCUUCCGAUGGAGUCCCGAAGGCGAACGUCAGAGAUGGUGCAGCAGCGAAGACUGCGUCCAAGAAGCGAGUGGCAUUCCUCUUCACGGGUCAGGGCUCCCAACGCGUUGGCAUGGGCCAGGACCUCUACUCCUCCGAGGAGUCCUUCCGGUCUGCAUUGGAUGUUUGCGCAGAGCUGCUGGAUCCGCUGCUUGAGAAGCCGCUUCUGGAUGUGCUCUUCAAGGCCGAGAACCGCAGUUUGCUGGACCUCACCAAGUGCGCUCUGUUUGGCCCUGUUUUUGAUGAGAUCCAAGCUGCUGGGACAUGGAGCAUGGAGAGGUACUCGCAGCCAGCGAUCUUUGCCAUUGAGUAUGCGCUCUCGGAGCGACGGGAGAUGUGGAAGGCCAUGGGCAUCGAGCCGUGUGCUGUUCUUGGCCACAGCGUGGGUGAGUAUGCAGCGGCCGUCACUGCGGGUGUCCUUGAGCUGGAGGAUGCGGCACGUCUUGUGGCAGAGCGGGGGCGCCUGAUAGCGGAGCUCUGCGAGGGCAACGUUGGCGGCAUGACAGCCUGCUGCUUGCCUGUUCAAGACGUCCUCCAAGUCCUGUCCGGGCUGCCCGCCAAUGAACGCAAGGAGGUCUCAGUGGCCGCGGUGAAUGGGCGCAAGGACUUGGUGAAGCAAGUGGUUCAGAGCACCGGUGCGGGAAACAAGGAGCUGAACGUCUCCCAUGCUUUCCAUUCUCCACUGAUGGAGCCCAUGCUCGAGAGUUUCCGAACUGAGGUCUCAUCAGCCAAGCUCUCGGCUCCCAAAGUGCGCUUCUUCUCCACCGUGACGGGCAAGGAGGAGAGUGACCUCUUCACGGGCCCUGACUACUGGGUCCGGCAUGUGUCGCAGGCGGUGAGGUUUGCGGAUGGCAUGGCUGCCCUGGAAGCCCUGAGCCAGGGAGCCCCCGAAGCCUACCUGGAGGUUGGCCCGGAGCCGACGCUGGUGAAGAUGGGAAAACGCUGCGCCUCUGGCCCUGCGGCCAGCAAGGAGUGGCCCUGGCUGCAUUCCAUCGAGCCUGGGCAGGCCGAGGGCAGCACGGUUGCGUCUGCGCUCUCGCAGCUACAGGGGGCGCUUCCGGCCCUCCAGUACAAGAGGCAACCCUUCCCAUGGCGGGACGCAGGCCCCCGGCUCCUGAGGCGCCGCAGCGAAGGUCCCAACGAAGUGCUCUUUGACUGCCCAGUCCGCGGCGAUGUCUUUCAGGUGUCAGCCGAGCACGUUGUGUACAAUGAGAUUGUUAUCCCGGGUGUCGUCUUUGUGGAGAUGGCCAUGGAGGCUGCCAGGGCACACCUUGGACCAGAGGCCCAGCUGCGGGACAUCCAGAUGGUCUGGCCAUUCGUGGUGCCCAAAGAUGGGGACACGGACAGCAAGCAGAUGAUGAUGCGCUUGGCCAUCAUCGGCAACAAGCGCUUCGAGCUCCGCAGCCAAGGCCCUGGUGAUGAUGCUUGGACCGUUCACUGUGAAGGACGGGUCGAGGCAGUCGGAGGCGGGUCGAAGGCGGCAGCAAGCAUCGACCCGGAGCAGACGCUCUCAGCUUGUGCCGCGAGGUGCCCAGAGAAGGUGGACCCGGCCAAGUUGUAUCCCCUGGUGGACAGCACAGGCCUUUGGCUGGGGCCAAAGUUCCAAGUGUGCCACGACAUGUGUCGCAAUCCAGAUGAGAUCUCCUGCCGCAUGCAGCUCCACUCGGAUGUGCCCAACCAGGGCUACAUCAUCCACCCGUCACUCUUUGAUGGCACUAUCCACGCGGUUUGCGCCACGAUGUUCGAUCAGGAUCCGCCCUUCCUGAAGAUCUUCGCCGGUGUCGGCAAGGUCACCGUUGUGGCCAAUGAGGCGCCCAAGGACCAGCCAGUCGUCCUGCACCUGCGCAUUGACGAGAAGACCGACCAGCAGCAAAUCUUCACCUGCCAGGUGUUUAGUGAGGCCGGGUCCCUGCUGUGGAAGUUGGAGGACGUGAUCUUCCGCAAGGUCCUCCCGGAGCAGAUUCAGAAGGCGCUGGCGGCCACGAAGGCUAAGGAUGCGGUGAGCUUCUUCGAGACUCGGUGGAAGCAGCCUCCCGAGGAGGCGAUGGACUCCGAGGCCGGGCUCCUGCCCUCGGCAAACGCCGAGGGCCGCUGGCUCUUCCAAGCUGAGGCCUCCCUGCUGGAGGUCCUGAAAAAGGAGCUGGGCCAACAGCAUGCGUACAUCACCUCCUCGUCCGAGAACGACCUUGAGUACGAGAAGCUGACGCGCAUCGUCUACAUUCCCUCGGAGAAAGACACUCCCAUCGACGUGCUGCACAAUGGUCUGAGUCUCAUCCAGAAGGCCCUGCAAGUGGGCGAUGCUGCCCCGGAAGUCUGGUUCGUUCUCCGAGCCACCCAGGCCAUGGAGGCCUCGGACUUGAAGGGUUCGGGCCUCCCCCUGCAUGCCGGGCUCUGGGGCCUGGCGCGGUGCCUGCGCCUGGAGUCCCCGGGCUCACUGGCGGGCUGCGUGGACCUUGGCCCGCUCAAGAAGCCGAGCCCAAAGGACAUCCUGGCCAGGCUGCGGGAGCUGAAGACGCAUCGCUCGGGCGAGGCGCCCGAGGCGGAGCCCGAGCUGCUCCUCCAGGGCUCCGCCCCCACCCUGAUGGUGUCCCGCCUCGAAGAGACGACUCCGAAGUUUCAGGAGGUGGAUGUCGAUGCCUAUCGCCUAAGCCAGUCGAGCUACGCCGUCAGCGGCGGAACUGGUGGCCUGGGCCUCCUCUUCGCCGCCUACUUCGCCGAGAAGGGCGCCGGCCACCUGGCGCUGCUCUCCCGCAGCGGCAAGAUUGCGCAGGACCCAGGCUCUGCAGCAGCCAGGGUCUCAGCUGGCAUGGUGCGUGUCGAUUCCUCCAUGGGCCAGCGGAAGGCCUUUGCCAGACUGCAGACCACGGGUGUUGCAACCACCUUGCAGUCCUGCGACACUUCGGACCUGGAGGUGCUGGAUGAUCACCUGAUCGCGGACCUGCAGCGCGAACACUUCGUCCCAGUACUGAAGCCCAAGAUCGACGGUACGUUGAAUCUCCACUCUGCGCUGCAAAAGCUUGGGCUCGAAGGCAAGGUGGACUUCUUCGCGCUUUUCUCGUCUGUUGCCGCAAUGCUGGGUUCGCCCGGUCAGGCCAACUACUGUUCGGGCAAUGCCUUCCUCGAUUCCUUUGCCCUGCACCGACGUGGUCAAGGUUUGCCAGCCGUGUCCGUGCAGUGGGGACCGUGGGCCGAAGUGGGGAUGGCCGCGCGCGCUGGGACCACCGAGAGCGGUGGCUACUUGCGACUGGAUCCCACUCUCAGCUUGCAGGCCAUGGGUGCCAUCUUGGCCAGCAGCUCCCCACCUGGCCUUGUCGGAGUUGCCCGGAUCAACUGGUCGUCCUUCUUUGCCGCCCAGCCGAAAGUGCCCUGCUUCCUGGAGAACUUCCAACACCACAAGAAGUCAUCAGGUGUGAAGAUGGGAAGUGGUGGAGUGCCCAAGGAGCUGGUCAACUCGACCAUCAUCAACGUGCUCUGCGACGUGCUUGGAGAUCCCGACCUGUCCGACUUCUCAGUGCCCCUCAUGGACAUGGGCCUGGACUCGCUAUCGGCAGUCGAGUUCCGCAACCGGGUCCAAGCCUCUUUCGAUGGCCUCCACCUUGCUUCCACCGUCAUGUUCGAUUAUCCCACCGUGGCGGACUUGACGGACUACAUCGUGGCGCAGUUCAGUGAUGGCGACGAAGGGGAUGAUGCGGCCGUUGGAGGCAUUCGGGAUCUGAACGCGAACGAGCCGAUGGCCACCAUCGGAAUGGCAGCCAGGUUUCCAGGUUGCCAUGGAAAUGGCACGGACGAGUACUGGGCCAUGCUUUGCAAAGGCCUCGACAUGAUCACCACGGUCCCAAUUGAGCGCUGGGACAUCGACCAGUACCACGAUCCUGAUCCGUCCGCUCCGGGCAAGAUGUACACUCGCUGGGGUGGCUUCAUUUUUGGCCUGGAGGGAUUCGACAACAAAAUGUUCGGCAUUGCAGAACCCGAAGCGCAAGCCAUGGACCCGCACCAGCGAAUUCUGUUGGAGGUUGUCUACGAGUCAUUCUGGAACGCUGGCCUUGACAAGGAGCAGCUCUCAAACACCAACUGCGGUUGCUACGUUGGCUGUGCCACCUUGGGCGGCAUCAGCGUGCAGGAUGAGGACAUCGGCCCCUUCACAAACAUCGGUUCUUUCCCAUCAGGGAACUCGGGGCGUGUGUCCCACGCGCUGGGUCUCCGCGGUCCAUGCUUCACCAUCGACACGGCGUGCUCGUCGACGCUGGUAGCCUUGGACUGUGCUGCCCAAGCCAAGCGCUUGGGAAAGUGCGACCGAAGCAUCGUGGCCGGCAGCAACCUGCAGCUUUGUCCGAACACUUGGGUAGGCUUCUGCAAGAUGGGAAUGGCACUCUCACCUGAUGGCCGCUGCAAAACUUUCGAUGAGUCGGCCAACGGCUUCACUCGCACAGAUGGUGCCGGGUCUCUGAUCGUGGAGUUGGCGUCAGCUGCAAGCAAGGCCGGAAGGCAGGAAGUGGCCACAGCCCUGGGAGUCUGCGUGAACCAGGAUGGCCGCAGCGCCACCAUCACCGCGCCCUCUGGGCCCGCCCAGCAGCGCUGCAUCAACGCCUCGCUUCAGGAAGCUUCGGUCAAGGCCCUGGAGGUGUCCCUGGUGGAGGUACAUGGUACUGGCACAUCCCUUGGCGAUCCGAUCGAGGUUGGUGGCAUGAAGAGCACGUUAGGGAAAGGCCGCACGGAAGACGCACCGUUGGUGCUAGCCGCCACGAAGUCCAUCAUUGGACACACCGAAGGUUCUGCCGGCGUGGCCGGCCUCAUCAAGAUGAUCGGCGAGUUCAGCCACAGGAUCGUGCCGAAGAACCUGCACUUGAAAUCGAUGAACCCCAACAUCGACCUGACCGACUUCCCGGUGAUUAUGCCGAGCAGCAUCAUUGACUGGAAGGGAUCGCGGGCCGUUGCUGGCACAUCUUCCUUUGGCUUCUCCGGCACCAACAGCCAUGGCACCUUGGAAGCUCCUGGAGGAGGAGAGGGAAAGAACGUGGUCCUGGAGCGACCCGAAAAGCUCAAGUGGAACCGGACAUACCACCGGAUGUACCACGACUGGUCUCAGGGCUUCUGGUUUGCCAGCGAGUGGCGCCCAGCCCCUCUUACAGGUCCCAAAUCCCAGGCACAGCCGUGCUUGGUGAUCGGCGGCGGCGCCUUUGCCGAGGCCUUGCGGGAGCUGAUCGACUGCGAGCUGCAGCCCGCCCAAGCCGACAUGGCAGGCGCCUUGAAGAGCAAGGCGUGGAAGAUGGUGGUCUUUGCGGAGUGCCUGGUUGCAGAGGAUCCCACAGCGGAGGGCCCGGCCAUGGCUGCCUUGCUGAGUGCAGCCCAGGCGGCUGCAUCCCUGGGAGCCCUGCGCUUCGUCGUCCUCACGGCCGGUGCCCAGGAGGCCGAUGCCUCGGAGGGCAUCGGAAAAGGCCUCCUGGGCGCCACGGCCUGGGGCUUCAUGCGCUCCAUGCCGCUGGAGGCCCCGCAGCUCCGUGCCCAGGUCAUCGACUUGACCGAGCCUCAGUUGGCCCGGAUCGCAGAAGCUCUCAGACCGCCUGAAAGGGCGUUGCUUUCUUUGAACCACCUUAAGCCCGCGGGUUUUAGCAGUCUGAGGCCGGCUUCCUCUGCCACCUCCUUGAGCUCUUGGACUCAGACGAUUGUCGAUGAGCUCUCCAGCGAGGAUCUUCUGGUUUCAGACGUGGAGCGGGAAGUCUCCUAUGGCGGAGAGGACUCUGGAAGGCGCGUCCCACGCCUGGCGAGAUACAACAUGAAGCCGGGUGUCAACACUCUGGAGGACCCCACCAAGACACAGCUUGUCACCGGCGGGCUGGGCGGCCUGGGUCUUCAGACCGCGCACGCCUUGACGGCCAUUCGGACCUUGGAGCCCGCAGCCUGCUCCUUGUCUCCCGGCGCGGAGCCGUGGCUUCGGGUGACGAUGCUGCAGCAAAGCAACUCGAGGAUCUCCAGGCUCGACGUGACUGGCCCAGGGGCGAAUAGAGUUGUUGAGGGGGAUGUGGAUGCGGAAGCGGACGUGGAUGAUAGUGAUGAUGAGGAUGAUGAGGAUGAUAAUGAUGAUGACGAUGAUGACGACGAUGACAAUGGUAGUGAUGGUGGUGAUGGUGUCGAUGGUAGUGAUGAUGGUCGUGGUGGUGACGGUGCUGAUGACAUUGGUGGUUGUGAAAGUGAUGUGGGUCAGAAGGACAUGGUGACGGCUUUGAUGAAACGCAUUCAAUCAGAGCUGCCAGACAACCCACUCGGCGGCAUUGCGCAGCUUGGGCACAAAGCAGGAAUCAUCGACUUUGUGGAGCUCCAGGCAGCUGCAAACCUGCUCAGGGAUGUGCACUUCCUACAUUUCCUGCGCCAUGUGCAGGCCCAAAGCAUGGAGCGCAUGGGCAAGGUCUUCAAGCCGAAGGUUUCGGGUGCGUGGCACUUGCACGAAGCGAGCAAGGCCCCCAUGCCCGGCUGGAAUAGGUCGCUUAUGUGGGUCGCUUGUGUCACUCGUGCUCCCCCGAAGGACCUCGGCUUGGCGUCGUUUGUCGGCUUUUCUUCGGUAUCUGCCCUCAUUGGGCUCUCACGUGGCACCAGCUACUCUGCCUCGAACGCCUACCUGGAUGGCCUCGGCCUUUGGAGGCAUGCGGCCGGCCUGGCGUUCUCGAGCGUCCAGUGGGGCCCCGUUGCAGAGGUUGGCAUGGCCAGCAAGGACCACGCAGGGCAAGCUGACUCGGCUCUGCGGCUCCUUCCGCCGGGACAUGUCCAGGCGGCAUUCCGCCAGGCGGUGGUGGGAAACGGCAACCGCGGAUGGCCGACUCCGUCGCUGUGUUUUGCACAGGUGGAGUGGGGCCGCUUCCUACGUGAGCUCGGGGCGGAGAUUCCCAUUCUGGAGGAGUUCUCUGGCGAAGAGGACGCCGUCGUCACCGCAGGAGCAGCGGCUGCUGUCCUGCCGGCCGCCUUUCGCGGCCUUUCCCCGGAGCAGCUGGAAGCAAAGUUGGGCCAAGUGGUCCAAGGCAUUGCUACGGGAAUCCUUGGCGUCGACGAGCUCAGCGGAGAUGCACCGCUCAUGGAGGCGGGCCUGGACUCCCUUUCGUCUGUGGACUUCCGCAACUCCGUGGCGAAGGAGUUGCCGGGCCUCAAGCUGCCCAGCACACUCAUGUUCGACCACCCCACGACGAAAGCCAUUGCAGCUUUCGCGACGGAGCAGCUGGCAGCGGUCGCGGCGGCGCCAGCGCCGGCCCCCAGCACAGCCCCCGUGGAGUUGGAGAUCUCCUUCCCGGGAGACUUCGAUUCGCUGAGUGUGGAGGAGAAGGAGGAGUUCAAGGCGCAGGCGAUCAAGGAGAUCUUGGAGAGAACUGGAUUGCGGCCGGAGGACCUUGAAGACUUGGUCCUGGAGCCUGGGUCCAUCAUCGUCAAAGCCAAGUUCAGGGACACCUCGGAGAGCCAGGCUGCUCGGGCGCAGGCUGCGGUUACCGAGAUGGCCGAAAGGCCCAUGUCUGUGGAGCUGGAAGGUCGUCCGACCUUUGCGUCCCAGAGUGCCUCGAGCUCCACUGCCCCUCCCCCUGCAACAAAGAAGGCCGGGCUCGCUCGUCCCCGUGCACUCCCGGCACUCCCGGCUGGGCCUGCGGGCGCCAAGCUGCCAGUUGCUGUCAAUUCGGCGGCCUACCGAUUCCCCUUGGAGGGCACAACGCCCGACGAGAUGUGGGAGGUGCUGACGAAGAAGACUGACGGCGUGAGCGAGAUUCCGCUGGAAAGAUGGGAUGUUGAUGCCUACUAUGAUGAGGACGCGGAGGUUCCCGGCAUGAUGACGGUCCGCCAUGGAGCGUUCGUCAAGGGAGCCGACCUUUUCGAUGCCUCCUUCUUUGGACUGAGUCCUGCAGAGUCCAAAGUCAUGGACCCGCAGCAGCGCCUGCUCCUUGAGGUCAUCUACCAGUCCUUCCAUGUCGCUGGCAUGCCCCUCAGCUCCCUCACCGGGAUGGAUGCCGGUAUUUGUGUAGGCCAAUGUAACAAUGACUGGGGCCACAUGGGCUUCAGCGGCUCCACGGAGUCCUCCGAAAAGAUCGGCCCUUACACAGGGCUGGCCGUCUCGACCUCCAUCUCAUCCAACCGUGUCUCCUACCUGCUGGGCUUGAAGGGCCCCAGUGCCACUGUGGACACCGCCUGCUCUUCUUCGUUGGUGGCUAUGGACUUCAUUGUCUCCAACCUCCGGCGCGGCAGAUCCACGGUCGGAGCAGGAUCUGGUGUCAAUCUUUGCCUCAUUCCUGGUCCCUUCAUUGCCUGUAGCAAGGCCCACAUGCUCUCGGAGGACGGUCGCUGCAAGACCUUCGAUGCGUCCGCCAAUGGCUACGUGCGAGGAGAGGGCUGUGGAUCGGCCACGCUCUCCCUGCUGGAUGGAGGAGUCGGCUUGAAGCCAGUGGUGGUUCUGAAGGGCUCGGCCGUGAACCAAGAUGGGCGUAGCAGCUCGCAGACCGCCCCGCAUGGGCCUUCACAGCAGGCGGUGAUCGCGACCGCUCUGGCAGAGGCCGAGCUGGAGCCAAGAUCGGUCUCCUGCAUGGAGACGCAUGGAACGGGUACGGCCUUGGGAGAUCCGAUCGAAGUCGGUGCUCUGGGAAACACCCUCGGUGAGGGCCGUGCAGCUGACGCGCCGCUGGCCUUGUGUGCGGUAAAGACGAACCUCGGACAUCUGGAAGGAGCCGCAGGGAUGGCGGGCCUGCUGAAGGUGAUGUCCAUGCUGCCGCGCAGGUGCGCUCCUCCCAACCUGCACUUCCAGAAGCUCAACCCCCACUGCGACUUGGAGGAUUUCCCCACCAACAUUCCGGUGGAAGGGUUAUUGGAGCUGGCAUCGAGCGAGGGCCACGUGUCCUCCGGCCUCUCCUCCUUCGGAUUCGGAGGCACCAACACGCACGUGGUUCUGGAAGAUGCUGUCGAGCCCGUACCCGUGACCUCGACGGAGGUCGCGCCGGUCUUCAAGCGCCAGUCCUUCGCCUGGCAAGCGCGGCGGCACGCUUUGCUCUCUCGGACGCUGCGCACUGCGGAGGGGACCCAGGUCUUUGCACAACCCUUCGCUGGCAAGCUACUGCAGCUGGUGAGCCAUCACAUUAUUUUUGGGGAGAUUGUCGUGCCUGGGGCCACCUAUUUGGAGAUGGUCUUGGCAGCUGGCGAGUUCCACUUGAACUGCAAGGACAAGCAAUGGAACAUCCGGAAGGUCGGCUUCACCGCGCCACUGGUGCUGAAGCAAGGGGAGGAGCAGGGAAAGCUGGCCAGGGACGUGGACUUGUAUCUGGAGCUUUUCCCGGACCAGCACUGGUCCAUGAGCAGCUACGAUCCAAAAGAGAGAAAGAAGCUGGCAACACAUGCGGAGGGCGAUCUUGACCUGAGCUUUGUCGAGCCAGAGUACCCAUCGUUGGAUCUGGAAGAGGUGCGACAGCGCUGUGACGAGGAGGUCACCAUCGAACGCCUCUAUGUUCCUUUCUCCAAGAUUGGCCUGCCGCUGCAGCCUCGAUUCAGGACCGUGCGGCACAUUUUGCGCGGAGAGAAGGAGGUGCAACUUUCGGUACACCCAUUCCCUUGA